AUGCCACCAAAAAAUGAAAACAGAGAACUUCUCAUUGCUGAGGCCUUGAAGCUUGCAAACAUGGGAACCCUGUCAAUCAGAAAAUCUGCACAAACUUUUGGAUUAUGCCCAUCGACUUUAACUCGAAGGCAUCACGGGGCGUCAACUUCCAAAAAAUCCCAUGCACGGUUUCAAAAGCUUGACCCGAAACAAGAAAAUGAAUUAGCCCAAAGAAUACGUGCUAGGGCACGUAUCGGUCAGCCCCUCAUUAACUCGAUUCUCCGACAAUUGGCUUUCAACGCUCUGCAUCAAAACUCCCCCAAUGCUACUUUGGGGAACCACUGGACAGAAUCCUUUUUGAGACGGUACCCUGACCUGAAAAUCACUAAAGCAAAAGACUUUGAACCUACACUCAGAGACUCAGCGGACCCGGCUGCGGUCAGAAAGUUUCAGAACAUGUAUCUUUCUCGGAAAAUUCAAAAUAUCAAACCUGAAAACAUUUACAAUGUUGAUGAAACUAGCUUUGAUGAGUCCAAUUUUCAAAAUUUACAUGUUUUUAUCCCUCAAGAAACUAAAAGCUAUUUGAAAGUAUAUAGUGGUCGCAAGUGGAUCACCGUAAUUGAGUGUGUCCGUGCAGACGGUACUACCAUACCUCCCUUUUUUAUUUUUGCAGAUGAAAAUACUCCAGAAUCUUGGAUAGACAGCGUCUUCGAUUCCAAAAAGCAAACAGAAACCUGGGGUGGUGGCUUCACUAAGAAGGGCUGGGUCGAACGAACUUCCUUCACAGAAUGGGCUAAAACAAUAUUUUUCCCAAACACUGUGCCACUCAAUCCUUCAGAGCCUCGCUUAUUAUUCUUAGACGGCCAUCCAGCACACCGAAACCCAGAGUUUCUUAAACUUUGCUUUGAUAAUAAUACAUUUGUUUUGUUUUUACCUCCUCAAUCUUCUCAUUUUUUACAACCUCUUGACGUGGCAGGUUUCCCACACUUGAAAAAAUUGUUGGCCCAAAAUAUUGAAAUUAACCCUCCACUAUUUAGCGAAUCUUUGAAACAAAGAGCAGAUUUUAUUGACCGAUACUGUGAUGUUCGCCCUCAAGCAUUUUCAAAGGAAAUUGUAGACUUUGGUUGGUAUCAAACUGGUUUAUGGCCUUUUCAAAGAAUCGAUUUCCCUGAAUGCGUGAUGAGGCUUACUGAAAUAAAUAGCGAUUACGAAAAUGCAAAAAAAGGGGAAAACAUGGAGUACACUUGGAAACCAGCACCUUUGCCACACUCUUUACCCGAGAAACCAACUCCUCAAACUACCUCUCAGGAGAGUCAAAAUGAGCCGAGGUAUAUGGUACUUGGCGUUGAGCUGACUUAUGCAAACUACUCAAACCCGCAGCAGCAUGCUCAAGAGCUUGCGCAAUACGUAGGACAAAAAAAUGGGUACUCUUUCAAUACAGAAACCUCUCUGAGGCAUAGUGAUUGCAAUUGA